AUGAUUUCCACCGCUUCAAUGGCCAAUGCUGAGCCCAAUCGAAACAAUCUAGCGAUGCCAGCUGCCUUCUUGGCUCCAGAAGGACCUUAUUCAGUCUUAGUAGAGCUUAACGUCCAAAGGGCUUUGACUGACUCUAAUAUAAAUUCAAUCUUACCAUCUGGUUCUUCAAAUAAUAUCAUCAAUUUAGGACUCAAUGCAACUGCCAACGCACUUCCGGCUUCUACCAGCACAUCUGGAAAUCUCAAUAACAAUCAAAACCCUGGCACAAAUCCUUCUACGAAUGUGAAUGGAGCUUCAGCUUCUACUUUAUCUGGAUCAACUCCGGUCAUACCUCCCGUUUACAUUCCUGCUAUUCCAGGUGUACCUGCCAAUGCUGAUGGUAUCAAUCCUUCAGUUGCACCACCAGCAUAUCCAUCUGCAAUUGAUACUAUCGUCAUCAAGUUUUCGUCUUCACAAGCACCUAAUCUUUUCUUACAUCCUGCUUUUCUCAGUGGAACGAAAUAUGGUCGAUCAAGGGACCCUGCUUCAGUCGAACCUACGAUUUCUGAACCUACUCUAAUCGAUCAAGCAGAUUCAAUCCACUCUUCAGAUGAUCCGUCAUCCCUACAAAGCUCGGUUGGUAACCUGAAUCCCCCAAGCACGCAUAUGCCUACAAAUCAGCUCGGCGGAAUUGUAGAAACUCAUACGGCCCCACCUAGUCGUAGUACAUUGUCUCCAAUGAGUGCUAAGACAAGAGCGAUCAACUUUGGUUCAACACUUUCCUCACUCUCAAGUAAUCCGACCGGUACCCACUCCUCAAGCCCACUCAGUCCUAAUAGUCUAGUUCAAAUCUCACCCAGACCUCGAGCUGCAUUCAAAGGCUCUAAUUCGACUUUUAUCAAAUCUUCCGAAGGACUUCCACUCUCUCAAUCCGUCCUCAAAGCACUCUAUGGAUCUUCCAAUACAGAUAACCCAGAAUCCGAAGAACGUACAUUCGCAUUUUAUACAUGGAAUAAAACUUUAAUUUGGACUCACCUUGUAGCCGGUAGACCGAUUGAGUUAGCUAAAUUAGCAUUUCAAAGUUUUCCAACUUGUGUUGCAAUCAAUCAAUCAACUGCUUCAGCUGGAACACUUGAUGUGAUCAUUGGAUUUGCUAGUGGUGAUUUAAUUUACUUUGAUCCGUUUUGUGCAAGAUAUACUCGUUUGAAUAAAGGUGGAUGUGUAUCAAGUUCAAGUGUGAGUAAAGUGGUUUGGUUAACUAGAGGGUCUAAUUAUUUUUCUAGUAGCUUUGUUUCAAGUCAUGAGGAUGGUACAGUGAUUAGCUGGGAUAAAGAUCGAGAAGACUUCAGUGGGUUUGUGAUCGAACCUUGGCCUAGGUUAGAGAAAUCAACUUUACCAAUUGAUAGUAGGGCAGAACCGAUGGUAGUUAGUAAGUUACCGAACAAUAUUGGAAUUGAGAAACGUAACAAGUUGAAUCCGAUCUCACAUUGGCGAUUAUCACGGAAGGCAAUAAGAGAUCUUUCUUUCUCGCCUGACUCUCGGCUUUGUGCGGCAGUAAGUGAAGACGGAUGUUUAAGGAUCAUUGAUGUCAAUGCUGAGAGGCUGAUGGGUGACUCUUCGAUGAUCGAACCUCGUCUAUGUAAAAAAAGGUUGUUGGAUACGUAUGUAAGUUACUUUGGAGCACUCUUGUGCGUUUGUUGGUCAUCAGAUGGGCGAUUAAUCUUCACAGGAGGACAAGAUGAUUUAGUGACGGUUUAUUCUCCAUUAGAUCAAAGGAUUGUAGCCAGAUGUCAAGGCCAUGCAUCUUUUGUUACUGGAAUCGCUUAUGAUCCAUGGAUGAGUGAUGAUCGAUUGACUAGAUUUGCAUCAGUUUCAGAUGAUUGUAAAUUAAUCUUUUGGGAUUUAUCAAGUGCAUCAUUAUCUAGACCUAGAUUAUUACAACUACAUUCGAGUAACAGUAGAAGACAAUCGAUGACUUCAACUGUUUCACUUUCACUACAACGUAAAAGAAUCGGUCAAAUCGAUUUGAAUUCAAAUCACGAAUUAGGUAGUAAAUCGAAUCAAGAUGAAGACAUUGGAAUGUUUCAUUUAUCUCCUGGUAGGAACGAAGUGUCAAUUUUACAACCUGUUAUGGUAAAGGAAAUGAGUGUGGAUCCUUUGAGUGAGAUCAAGUUUAUGAGAGAUAGAUUAGUGACUGUUUCUAGAAGUGGACAAUUAAAAGUGUUUGGUAGACCUGAAAGAUCAUUAAGUGGGAAAUUAGGAAGGUAA